AUUUUACCACAGGGCUUUGAAAACACGUCCACUGGCAUAAUGCGGAUAAACUUGUUUGUAAUUCAAUACUUGAUGAAAUCCUAAACUACUGUCAUAGUUUAGAGUCUGUAUUUUAGUGUCAUCAAAUCUAAUACAGAGAAAUGAAAACCAUAGGAGUAUAAUGAACGUCGAAAAGAAAUCGAGAAAUGCACACUUUUGAUUUUGCAGUGUCUGCAAACACCAUAUAUUUUGUAUAAUAGUGACGAAAUCUACAUGCAUCAGGGAGGUUAUGGAGCACCUCAAGGUUACCAGCAGCCUGGUGCACCACCAAGUAACCAACUUUACGGUCAGCAAGGUCAGGGCGGGUAUGGUCAGCAACCACCACCACAAGGUUACAGACCACCAGGGCAGUAUGGUCAGCCUGGACAAUAUGGCCAGCCUCAGCAAGGACCCCCUGGUCAGUAUGGAGCACCAGGUCAGCCUCCUAGGGGACAGUAUGGUGCUCCUUCAGGUCAAGCACCACCACCUGGACAGUACGGUGCUCCAGGAGGGCAGUAUGGUGCUCCAAGUGCACCCCCAGGUCAGGGGUAUGGAGGACAACCUCCAGCAUAUGGUCAGCAACAACAGUAUGGUGGGUAUCAACAGCCAGGGUAUGGUCAGCAAGGAAUGGGUGGAUUUGGAGGACAGCAAGCCCCUCCUCCUGGUGUUGGUCAAGAACUCUGGGGAUGGUUUCAGGCAGUAGAUGCAGACAGAAGUGGCAAAAUAACAGCAGACGAAUUAAGACAGGCAUUACACAAUGGUAACUGGACUGCCUUCAAUCCCGAGACAUGCAGACUGAUGAUAGGCAUGUUUGACAAAGACAGGAGUGGAACAAUAGAUAUACAUGAAUUUUCAGCAUUAUGGAAAUAUAUCCAGGAUUGGAAAAGUUGUUUUGACAGAUUUGAUACAGAUCGUUCUGGAACUAUCGACGCAAGAGAACUCACUACAGCAUUCCAGACUUUUGGAUAUAAUUUAUCUCCACAGUUUUGUGAUCUUGUGAUACGAGUAUUUGACCGUAAAGGUGCCAGAAACAUACAGUUUGAUGAUUUUAUCCAAGCGUGCGUGAUGCUGAAAACUUUAACUGAUAAGUUCAGAGCAAAAGACCACCAGCAGAAUGGGACUGUCAGAAUCAGUUAUGAAGAGGUAUUGUACAUUAUUUAUCCCCCCGCCAAAGGCAAAGGGGAUAUUAGAAAUGCUCUCCGUCCGUCCAUGCUUCCGUGCGUCCGCAACGAUCUUUGUCCGGAGCAUAACUCCAAAAGUACUGGAGGGAUUUUCUUCAAACUUCAUACACUGAUAGAACACAUUGGGAGGAAGUGCAGUGUGCAAGAACAGUAACUCUACCUUGCCUAU